CCUCUCUCGAGACAGCACGCGCGUGUUUGGUUCCGGAAUCUGCUGAGCAAAUCACGAAAAGCAUGCUUUUGUAGAACUUUGAACCCGCCAUGCUGCUUAACUUUGGAGCCGACGCACGGCGCGCUUUUUCCGAGAGGUGAUCGACGUCUGAUUGUCAACAUGUGGCACCCGAAAUAUUAGGAGCACCGAGUCCCCAACUCUUGUUUCCCCUCUCAGUGAUGGAAUGAAGACGAAGCCCAUCAUGGAUGAUAAGUCCGGCAAGCUCAUCCUGGUUCCCAUCUUGGCUGUGCUUUUUGUCACGAUAGGUUACCAGUACAUCUGUCCCGCCGGCGGUCAUUCGUGCCCGCUGAAAAACGGAGACGCGCCACGGGGGGUGAGCCUGCUCUCCGUCGGCUACCAGGACGGGGACGAUUUCGCGGACCAGGACUUGGAGGACGACAGCCCCGCUAAGCUUCCGUCCCAGUUCAACUUCACGCAGCGAGACCUGGACCGACGCGUGGAGUUCAACAUGAAGGGGGAUGACGUGAUCGUGUUCCUGCACAUCCAGAAGACCGGCGGCACCACGUUCGGCCGGCACCUGGUGAGGAAUAUCCGCCUGGAGCAGCCGUGCGACUGCAAAGCUGGCCAGAAGAAGUGCACCUGCCAUCGGCCGGGCAAGGACGAGUCGUGGCUCUUCUCUCGCUUCUCAACUGGAUGGAGCUGCGGGUUGCACGCCGACUGGACCGAGCUGACCAACUGCGUGCCUGUCAUCAUGGAUAAGAAGGAGGUUCAGAGGAAUAAAAGGAACUUCUACUACAUCACGAUGCUGCGUGACCCGGUGUCCCGUUACCUGAGCGAGUGGAAGCAUGUCCAACGCGGCGCCACAUGGAAGACGGCCCUGCACAUGUGUGACGGGCGCUCGCCUACCCAGGAUGAGCUUCCCACCUGCUAUGAUGGUGAAGACUGGUCAGGCGUCACCCUGUCCGACUUCAUGCGCUGCUCGUCCAACCUGGCCAACAACCGGCAGGUGCGCAUGCUCUCCGACCUGAGCCUGGUGGGCUGCUACAACCUGUCGUCCAUGAAUGAGAGCCAGCGCGACCACAUUCUGCUGAGCAGCGCCAUGAACAACCUGAAGAACAUGGCCUUCUAUGGCCUGACCGAGUUCCAGCGCAAGACGCAGUACCUGUUUGAGCGGACGUUUAGCCUGCGCUUCAUCUCGCCCUUCACGCAGAUCAACAGCACGCGCGCCGCCAACGUGGACUUGAGCGAGCCCGUGCGACGACGCAUCGAGGAGCUCAACUUCCUGGACGUGCAGCUGUACGAGUACGCCAAGGACCUCUUCCUGCAGCGUUUCCAGUUCAGCCGGCAGAGGGAACGCCGCGAGGUGCGCUUGAAGAGGCGCGAGGAGCGUCGCUGGAUACGUGAGCGACAGCAGGCCGGACGCCAGAGCCCGGCACAGAAGGACAACACUGACUUUGUCGGCACCACUGAGGACUAUACCAGCCAAGUGGCUCGUUGGUGAUGCCGUCAACUCAAAUCACCCUCAUUAUACGUUAGUUGCUAAAAGUUCGGCGUGUUUGGGUUUCGGAUUAAACUUCAGGAUGAACCAAAAAUGAUGGUGACUGGGAAAUCAAUUAGUCAGGCAAUCUGCAUAUUCCAAACACUUUAUAAGGGACAAAAAAAAAUUCCAAUAACCGCAACACCAACAUAUACUGACAACAACGGAAGCACAAUUACAAUGUUAAGUGUGGUUACCUCUCUUGCAAGUACAACUUACAGAAAGUAAGCAGACAUGUAAGGCUGGCUAACGUUAGCGGCUAACAUCAUACAAUGAUCUCUACUUUGAUACCCAUUAGCAGAUUUAGAAAAUAUUUAUAGGAUGCUGAUAGGUGGGCAGGAACUUUUGGAUGGUGGCAAAUAUUUCAUGAUGGUAUAAUCAGUGUUGUUAAUAGCGGCGUUAGAAUAUAACGGCGUUACUAACGGCGUUAUUUUUUUUCAGUAGUGAGUAAUCUAAUUCAUUACUUUUAUUAUCUUGGCAACGCCGUUACCGUUACUGAGGAUGGAAAGGCGUGCGUUACUAUGUUGGUUGAAUGACGCGAGAAAAGUCUGAGAGACGGACUCACGGAGACGAGAGAGCAGAGCAGGAGUGGGGAGGAGGCAAGGGAGUUCUGACGGCAUUGCAAACGCGAUGCUAGGUGGCUCCAAUAAUACCUGACUGUAGCCGAUAGCCUACAAACUACGCCCACAUGAUGCUAUGGUAGAUGUCACAUUAUAUAGAACUAGAUGCAAAUGACAGACACGGCGGUAUUAGCAACAAGUAUAAAGAACUAGAUGCGUUACUAAACAGCCGCCAUCUUAAAGCAGUAGACCUCUCAGAAAGGCUCUGUUUUAGAGAAACUUCCAAGCGAACCUAAGUUUUUUUUAUCUAAAAUGCUCAUAAAUCGGCAAAAUCUUGUCUUAAAUCUAUCUUUAAAUGAUGUAAUUUUAAAACUUACACAUGUCGAAAGUAGACAGAAGGGAAGUAAUGCAAUAACGGGAGCAAUUUUAACAACUUUAACGGUUGAUUCACAACAUUAAAUGACAUCCACACAUAGCAAAGGUUACUAUCUAGUUAUCGCAAUACCCGCAAUACCCCUCUUUCUAGUUAAGUUUAGGGUAAAGAAUUGGGCAAGGGCCAAUUUUCCCCAAAAUCCUUUAAAAUUCACAUUGUGUGAUGAAAAUUAUCACCAGUUAAUGUGCCAAGUAACUAAUUACUCUUACAUUCAGGUAACUGAGUUACUAACGCAAUUACUUUUUGGGAGAAGUAAUUUGUAACUGUAAUUAACUUUUUUGAAGUAAGAUUAACAACACUGGGUAUAAUACAUCGAUUUUUUGAUAUGCUGAUACGAUAUUUUGCCAAAAAUCGAUUCAAGGGCAUUCGAUCGAUUUUAAUACAAAAUAAUGAAUAUAUAUAAAACAAUCACUUCCAAUUUAUCAAAAGCAAUACAAAUACAUAUCAGUUUUGAUGUGUUAGUUUGUUGAUGAAACUUUUUUUUUUUUUUUUUAACAAAACCAGAUCAAAAUUAUAAUCAUUUUGCAUUUUGAUCUAAUUAUAUCAAAUUGUGCUUAACAAAUCAAGAUAUUAAUCCACAUCGAUUUAUUGUUAAACCCCUCGUGUCAGCAUAUAGCAGAUGUGUACACCUAUUGAGUCGGUUUGCUAAGAAAUCAUAUGCAGGCACUACAAAAAGGCCCAAGUGAUAUUUACAAGCUGAUAUAGAGAAAAUUAGCUUCAGUCAG